AGUUUGGUGUCAUUCUGUGCGACACGUAAAAAAAACCUACUAGGCUAACUUGUUUUUAAAAGCAUUACUAAACAAUAAGAGUUACUUGUGCAGGAGCCAUGUAACAUAUUUUAACUGGCAUGUAUUGUGGAGUACAAACACAAUAUGGAAGCAAUGUGGUUGCAAAAGAGAGAAACAUGUGCUUCUAUCAGGUUUGCCAGGAUGAUUGUUUCCAUGGAAACCGGUCCACAUCAACAGCAGAGUAUGGAGUUGACAGGUAGCAGUUACGAUGGUUCUCACAAGAAUGGCAGGAUGGAGGGCGAAGGAAAAUAUACCUUUCCGACUGGAACAGUAUAUCAGGGACAGAUGAAAGAUGGAAUGUUCCAUGGCGAAGGUGUUCUCUAUUUUCCAGAUGGAAGUAAAUAUGAGGGGACAUGGGCGAAAGGACUGUCAAGUGAGGGAAAGUACACCUUCUCUGAUGGGCUGGAGUAUGACGAAGACGAGUGGGAUUUCUGUGACGGCUACGACAGACGCUUCUACACGGAGAGGUGCAAUGGGCUGAAACCUGCAGGCAAGUCUCAGUUGACCAAUCGGGUGCCCCCAGAAGAGAUUCCCGCUGGCUGCUAUGACUGCGGAGAUGGGUUCUAUAACCCUGCCACCAGAGUUGUGUCAGACUAUGAACUGAAAUUCCUCAGAUACGCAGAUGACGACGAGCACGCGUGGAUUGUGCGCACAUGUCGGAAGAGCUGGGAAGAGCUCCCCAAAUCAACAUCCAACUCCUCAGCUAAUGCCCAGUGAAAAUUAACUACUACACAAUAUGCGCAUCCAUGCUGUGGAUUUUGGACAAGACAUAAACAAAAUUGACAUGCCAAAGAAAUUAAGUAUUCAGUGAACUUGAAUGCAACUGGACUUGGGUGAAAAUAAGAUAUAUUGUUUUUGAAUCAUCAUUAAAAGAAUACAUGUAACAAA